AUGACGCUGCGCCGGGUCGACACCCUCUCACAGGAAAUCUUGGCCUUCGGAUUGACGAGAUCCUUUAAAGACGGCCCCUCCCUCCUCCUCCUUCUCGACUCUCCCUCCAACCCCCUUGGCAAUCAUUCUAGCUUCACCCACCUCGCCGUUGUCCCCUCAUUCUUCAAUUUCUCUUUUUCGUCCUUCUCUUCCUUUUCCAAGGUCCACGGCAAAUAUUGCAUGCCGAGCACCCUCCUCUGCAUUCUUCAUCGUCUCCACUGUCGCGGUCGACUUCAAUCCUGUGCCAACGCUCUGGGAGACGUUAACUCGUUGGUCCCACACGCUGUGCAAUUGUCUCAUCUUGAUUGUCUCGUCCCUUCUGCACCACAACUGAGCCCUCGAGUCCUUUAA